CUGAUCUACUUAACAAUUACCAGGCCUGAUAUAUCCUUUACAGUUCAGCUGCUUAGUCAAUUUAUGCAUUCCCCUACUUCAACUCAUAUGCAAGAUGUAAAAAGGUUGCUAAGAUAUCUAGCUGGUAUUGUCUCUCAAGGUGUGUUGCUUGCAAGCUCUUCUGCAGCAGAAUUGGCUGCAUACUAUGAUAGUGAUUGGGCCAGUUGUCCAACCACUAGAAGAUCCACAACAGGUUACUGUGUUUUGUUGGGAAAAUCUCCUAUUUCUUGGAAAGCAAAGAAACAAUCUAUGGUGGCUAGGUCUUCUGCUGAAGCUGAAUACAGAGCUAUGGCUCUUACAACAUGUGAAGUGACUUGGAUAAAGUCUUUGCUAAGGAUAUGGGCAUCAAGUACCUAGGGCCUGUGAUUUUGCACUGUGACAAUCAAGCAGCACUGGCUACAGCUGCUAACCCAGUACUGCAUGAAAGAAC